ACUCUAGGUACUCAUACUUGAGUGUAUAUAAGUAGGUUGUGUGACACUUGAUAAACCAUCACAAAUUAAAGAGGAAACCAUGAAGAAGACUAACCUCUUCUUGACACUAUUCCUUGCUGUUUUCUCUUUGGGAGUGGUAGCCCAAGGGCUCAACAACCCAAAAUGCAAGGCUCAAGAAAAGGGAUCCACCCUGCAAGUCCUCCAUGUUUACAGCUCUUGCUCACCAUUCAGGCCAGCUAAAUCUUCACUCUCAUGGGAGGACACUGUGCUCCAAAUGCAGACCAAGGACGAGGCGAGGCUGCUGUACCUGGACAGCCUCGUCGCCAAAAAAUCCAGCGUGCCGAUAGCCUCCGCCCGGCAGAUUACCCAGAGCCCGACGUACAUUGUCAGGGCUAACAUCGGAACGCCCCCGCAGACCUUGCUGUUGGCCAUGGAUACUAGCAAUGACGCUGCCUGGGUUCCUUGCUCUGGCUGCAUUGGCUGCCCCUCUUCUUCAGCGUUGUUUGAUCAGUCCAAAUCCACCACUUUCCAUGAUGUUGCCUGUGGAGCUCCUCAGUGCAGCCAGGUGCCAAACCCCGCGUGUGAUGGUAACGUGUGCGGAUUCAACCUCACCUACGGCGGCUCCACCAUAGCGGCGAACCUCUCGCAAGACACGGUGACCCUCGCUGCCGACUCCGUUGCCGGAUACACUUUCGGCUGCAUUCUAAGGGCCACCGGAAGCUCAGUACCACCGCAGGGUCUGUUGGGGCUCGGCCGCGGUCCAUUAUCGCUACUGUCCCAAACCCAAAGCCUCUACCAGUCCACAUUCUCAUACUGCCUGCCGAAUUACAAAUCUCCCAAUUUCACCGGUUCGCUGCGACUCGGCCCGGUCGGCCAGCCCCAGCGCAUUAAGUUCACUCCGUUGCUCAAAAACCCUCGCCGGCCGUCGUUGUACUACGUCAACUUGAUCGGAAUUAAAGUCGGCCGGGGACUAGUCAACACCCCUCCGGGCUCCUUCACCUUCGAUCCGGCCACCGGCGCAGGGACCAUCAUUGAUUCCGGCACGGUGUUCACGCGGCUUGUCCAGCCGGCGUACGAAGCGGUCCGAGACGAAUUCCGGCGGCGGAUGGGGCCGAACGCGACGGUGACCUCGUUAGGCGGGUUCGACACGUGUUACACCGUCCCGAUAACGAUUCCGAGCUUAACGUUCCUGUUCGCCGGGAUGAACGUGACGCUGCCGCCGGAAAACUUCCUCAUCCACAGCUCCUCCGGCAGCACCACCUGCCUCGCCAUGGCCGCCGCCCCCGGCAACGUCAACUCCGUCCUCAACGUCAUCGCCAAUCUGCAGCAGCAAAACCACCGCAUUCUGUUCGACGUCCCAAACUCCAGGCUAGGCGUUGCCCGCGAAACUUGCAGCUAAAAUUCCGGGCCGUUAUUCAUCAAUUCACUAAUUAAUAAUUAAAUAUAGUUAAUUAGUGAUUAAUUACCGUCAUCUAGUUGAGGAAACCUAUGAUCUUCGGUAUGAACCGUUAGUCGACUAGUUAAGAAAAAUUGUAAUCUUCAGUGUGUGAUUACUAGUUACUGGUCGACUGAUCCAGAAAAUUAGUAGUUUUUAGUGUUUGAUUACAAAUUAUUGGUCUACUGAUCGAAGUCGAAAAAAAUUAUAGAGUGUUUAGUGUGUGAUUGCUGAUUAAUUGGUCGAUGAAACUUAUGAUCGGACCAAAGAUUAGCAGGGUUCACGGGCGCAAAACAGCAUUGUGUCCCCGAUGAUGUGUUGUUUUUUGGGAUUUUUUUUCUUGUUUUUUUGUUUGAUUGAUGAUAUUCUGAUUUGUUGUCAAAUGUAUGUGUGAAUGUGUGAGGAAUUGUGGGAUUUUUGGUUGGUUUUUGUCUGUUGCCGUUGCUCCAAUAGCGCUGAUUAAGGUACCGAGUCACGGAUUGCAAUUUCAGAUCUGUUUUGUCAUUUGUGGGACAAUGAUGUAUUUCUACUUUCUAGUGUAGCAGACUAGUACAAUACUAUUGAAUAUUUUAUGAGAGUUUAUUACAAAAUAUGUUUUAUA